AAAAACUCCAACUUUCCACAUUAUCCCUGGCUCGAAGAAAAUCUUUGAAAAAAUGAAGCAGGGCCUUCUUCUAUGGAGUCCUUGCUCUCUAUCUCUACAACCUUUCCUCUCAAUUUCCCACAAAAUCCCAACAACCAAACACACUCCACGACUCUCACCAAUCUCUGCAUCUCUUGACUCGGCCGACAUUCAAGUCCAACAGCAGCUAUCAGCGAGGGAGAGAAGGCAGCUAAGAAACGAAAGAAGGGAGAGCAAAUCAGGGUACAACUGGAGAGAAGAAGUCGAAGAGAGGCUCAUUAAAAAGCCCAAGAAGAGAUACACUUCCUGGACGGAGGAGCUGAAUCUUGAUAACUUGUCUCUCUUGGGUCCUCAAUGGUGGGUGGUUCGAGUCGCCCGUGUUAGAGGUCUCGAGACAGCUGAGGUCAUGGCUCGCUUACUCGCUAGGAACUUCCCAGACAUCAAAUUUAAGAUAUAUACUCCAACUGUCCAGGAGAAGAAGAGAUUGAAAAAUGGCUCGAUAUCAGUUAAACCGAAGCCCUUAUUCCCUGGGUGUGUUUUCUUAAGAUGUGUUUUGAACAAAGAGAUUCAUGACUUUAUAAGGGAGGUCGACGGAGUUGGCGGUUUUGUUGGUUCAAAGGUUGGAAAUACAAAAAGACAAAUAAACAAACCUAGGCCGGUGUCUGUUGAUGACAUGGAAGCAAUCUUCAGGCAGGCCAAGGAAGAACAAAUAAAAGCUGAUCAAGCAUUUGAGAAGGAACAACAAGAAGAAAAUGCUCUCAUGUUUGAUAAAAUGAAUUUGGAUUAUAGUGUAGAUUCCGAUGGUGUUACAAGCUCCGUUUUGAACUCUAAGCCUAAACGACAAACUCAAAAGCGUUCUGCAAAUGGAGCAAAGUAUUCUAAGCUACUUGUCCCAGGUUCAAAGGUUCGAGUUUCAUCUGGGAAUUUUGCUGAAUUUGUUGGCAGCCUUAAGAAAUUAAACCGCAAAACCGGAAAGGCAACUGUGGGAUUUACAGUAUUUGGGAAAGAAAGCUUAGUGGAGCUAGAUGCCAAGGAUAUUGUUCUGGAAACAAAGUGAUAUGAAUGUGCUCUCGUGAUUAUCAUUACGGUUAAAGGGUAAGAUCAUGGAACUCAUGACCUUUUGGCAUGGUUAUCCUUUUCGUCGACAUUGUCUGGAGAUUGUGGCACGGUAGUCCGAACAUACACCUUGUAAUUGCUUGUAAGCUUUUGUAGAUGGUUCUCUUAGUUGCCUGCUGGGGUGAUCGUACCUUACCAUUAGGUAAUAGGAAAUUUUCUGAAUUUACCCUUUCAUACAUCACAUUCAUACUAACCCUCCAGUAUGUAUACAUUUUUGUGCACAUACACUCAUAUUUGGCCAUGUAAUUUGAAGAACAAAUUUCCCUUUA